AUGCCAUCCUUUCCCGAAGCGGAGGACCAAGAGCGCGCGCUUUUGGUGGAGGGUGAGGCUGAUCCGGCUUCCAGAUUGGCAGCAAGGAGUUGCCGAAGACAUUUGACAUGGUUGGCCAUCAGCCUUGCGGCGUUUGCGGCAAGUGUGAUUGUACUCGGCAAUGCCUCUGCCGUGUUGGGAAGACAGGAUGUUUCCCGAGCUGGGGUAAGACCGACAGCCUUCGUGAUAGACGAGCCCCUUCCAGCUCUUCGUGAUGCGGGGAAGGACCGGCCGACAGCCAGCCCACAAGAAGCAGACCGGACCGUGAAAGUUGCUGCAACCACACCUCCGCCAACGAGACCGCAGAACCUCAGAGCGAGAGCGGGGAGUGCGCCGAGCGCGGCAAAUUCCACUUCCACUGCAUGCAAGACAGCUCAGCCUGGAAGCGAGUGCUACAAGGCCGUCCUUUGGGCAAAAUGGAUUGGCCUCGUCGAACACCCUGAUUGGUACAGUGGUCUGGAUCGUAAAACUGCUAACCGCGGUGCAAUACAGGAGUGGCUGGCGGGCAAGGGGCAAGGCGGCUGCAGCAAGCCAUGCGAUGGCGAAUAUCCUUUGCCUCCGCUGGACAAGGGCAAACCGUCUCUCUUCUGCUUCUCCGUAGCAAGAGUUGGACCAGAGAUGGAUACCAUGUAUAUGCAACAGCAGAUCCGAGCAGGAAUCUUUGCUUGCGACGGCUUUGCUGUCUACAGCGACAGCUCGGUGGAUAUUGAUGGUUUGAAGACGAGAUUGAUUCCAUCGACAUAUUCUGGAGUGAGCAGAGACGGCUACGCCGCCAACACUCAAGUGUUCAUGAACACAUGGAUGGCAUUACUGACCGGCACAGACUGGUACAAGUACGACUUCAUUGCGAAGGUUGACCCGGACUGUGUCUUCUUCCCAUCGCGGUUGCGGGGCCAUGUGGCCAACUACGUUGGACAGAACGCAUUUUUCCUGAACUGUGGCAAGUACAUUCCAGUAACCAUGUACGGUGCGUUGGAAGUCUUUUCGAAGUCUUCCUUGGGUGCAUAUCUGUCGCAGCAUGGAAGGUGUGAGCAGCGGUUCCCUUUUGGUGCCUGGGGUGAAGACAAGUACAUGACCAACUGCCUCGAGAUGCUCGGAAGCAGGGCGGUUGUGGACUUCGGAAAUUUCUUGCACGAUGAACGCUGCUGGGGCGUCGAUUGCGGAAACAAGGCCGCUGUGGCGUUCCAUGCUUUCAAGCAAGUCGACAAAUGGUACAACUGCUGGUUGCUGUCCCAGAACGACGGGUACUGA